ACAGAACCUUCUGAAAUAUUUUUCACACCUACCCAGGGAGUGCCGGCUCUCUACAAACUGUUUGAAUCUCGAUAACUCAAUUUGUUCCGUUCCGUUAAGCACAUAGUUUAUAGUAUUUGGAUAUGUGAAUCUUUCAAGCCUUUUCUUUCCGUUAAGCACAUAGUAUAGUAUUCGGAUAUGUGAAUCUUUCAAGCCUUUUCUAAAUUGAUUUCUGUUUGAGCAGAUGAAAUUAGUCAUAAUACAUCGUCUAUAAUUGAAUCUUUCCCAAUUAUUUCAAGUUAAUGUAAUCAACUGAUUAUUGACAAUGCUGAAUAACCUUCUCUGAAUCUGUAGAAGCGGAGGCUAAUUUGCUCCUCCAGGUGGCAACCACCGAGGCGGCCACCACCAUGAUCAUCGAUGCCUCAUCUGCAAUAUAUGAAUUGUUGACCACUUGUCACGAUAAAUAUGUACACUGCUCCAAUUUGGCACCCAUCCCUGCUACCCACUGAACAAUUCAUUUCAACAAACAUGGCCGCAUAUGCAUGUACAGCAAUACGUGUAAACCCACAGAAACCAACGUGUCAUCCAUAAUCCACAAACCUACUCCCACCUCCACCAACACGUACUCCACAUGCAAACCCCUCGUCUCCACUAUAUAAACCCCCCAAACCUCCUCCGCGAAAACCCACCGCCGCUUAAACCCACAGCAAUCAACUCUCAUCCAAUCCAAACAAACAAACAGUUUCGCACAAUGGCAAGGCUGAGUCCUACUCUCGCAGCGGCGGCUUUCCUCCUCUUCCUGGUGGCCGCCGAGGCCACCAUCCGCACCACCGUCAUCAUCGACGACGACUUCUCCAACCAGCGCGGUAAGGGGGGACAACACGGCCAGGGCGGGGAUUGCAGGGAGCAGAUCGAGCAGCAACAGAACCUGUGGCACUGCCAGCAGCACAUCAUCCAGCAGGCCCAGAGGCAGGGGGGAGGCGGAGGCCGCCGAGACGACGAAUUCGCCAUCAACCCGCACCAGCCGGGACAGGAGCACUUCGAGGACUGCUGCGAGCAGCUGAGGCAGCUGGACAGGCAGUGCACCUGCCAGGGGCUGGAGCAGGCCAUCCAACAGAUCCCGCGCAGCCAGAUGCGCGAGCAGGACAGGCAGUCCGCCUUCCGUGUGGCGGAGUCGCUCCCUGGGCAGUGCAGGACCGAGCCCACCAGCUGCCAGUUCGGCCGUCGACAAGCCGCCUGGUUCUGAGUUCGUCAUCGAACCCUUGCCAUAAAUAAUCAUACAUGCUUACG